AUGUCAGGAUCCAGAAUACCAUCUGCUGAUAACCAGAACAAAAAGACUGUCAAGAGAUCUGGGCACCCACAGCUCACCAGGAUUACACUGAAGAGGUCGACUCCAAUAGAAGAGAAGAGAAACGAUGAAGAGACUUGUCACAAAAGAAAGGAUUUUAUAUUAAGCCUUCAACCUGAGGGGAUUUUGUACAAUCAUAAUUGUAUUUUUAUCGAUGAGGCAGGGUUUAAUAUCAAUAUGAUUAAAGGUCACACUCGAUCAAAAGCUGGCGCACCAGCCUUUGUUAAAACUAAAAUCAAGAGAGCAACAAACGUGACGAUUCUAUUUGCUCUUUCAGCAGAAGGCGUUGAAUCAUGUCAUGCAAAGAUUGUGAAAGGUGGCACUACAGUCUCAAUGAAGUAUUAA